GAUGGCUGUUCUAUGGUCUCCCUUCACGAUUUGUCCGAUGACCUUUAUCCUUUUCUGAAAACCCUUUUCUUCUAGGUUAUUUUCCAAGCGAAAAUUAUUCCUCGUCCGUCGUCGCACCCUCUGGUAUCCUCAAGAUGAGUAGGAAGUACAUGGCAAGGGCGAUACGUACCAAAGCGUACGGUUUCCUCCAACUGCAGUUCCCCUCGCAAUAUGAACUCUUCCUUGAGCGAUAUGAAGGCGGCGUGUAUACCUCGUUGUCUUUGGAUAGCCUCGUACGUGCCGCGAAUGCUGCUCGUGAGGCGAAUGCCCUCAUUAUCCUACCCUCCAUCCUAUUCCUACUCUGUACUCGCACCAUGGAUGACGUUUUGAAAUAUGCUUUUCCAUCCGGCGGGGCCAUCGUUCUCUCCCCUCCGAAUCUCAUCGCCAUACUCAAAGGCAGAUCAAGGAUCUCGUUAUUCGCGCGCAAACAUAUAUAUUCUUUUGCCUUUCUCAACAAAGAAGUGCUUGGAUGUCAAGCGUCAUACGACUGCCGAUCUCUCAACGGUCUUUGGGCAGAGACUGCAGAACAAGCUGAAGGAUGGAUUGACCCUUUCGAACGACUGCCUGAGCAACGUGGCUUGCGUCUCAUUCGCAAUGCCCGUUGUGCAAUAUGCAGGACAAAAGCUGGGGAAGAGAUGGUUGAAGGUAGAGAUAAAAUAUGGCAUGUGAUGCCAGGAAUGUUUGAUCUACCGGAUUGGAAAGAAUUGUCACAUAUAUCACAGUCACCUGAGGACUUACUUGAAUAGGACGCUGUAUGUUCAUGGCUUUCAUCC